AUGGCCACGGACGAGCUGGCCAGCAAGCUGAGCCGCCGGCUGCAGAUGGAGGGUGAGGGCGGCGAGGCUACCGAACCACCCGGGCUCAACGGGGCGGCGGCGGCCGCUGCUCCCGGGGCUCCCGAGGAGGCGGCCGAGGCGCUGGGCAGCGCGGACGACGAGCUGAGCGCCAAGCUGCUGCGGCGCGCGGACCUCAACCAGGGCAUCGGCGAGCCCCAGUCGCCCAGCCGCCGGGUCUUCAACCCCUACACCGAGUUCAAGGAGUUCUCCAGGAAGCAGAUCAAGGACAUGGAGAAGAUGUUCAAGCAGUAUGAUGCUGGGAGAGAUGGCUUCAUCGAUCUUAUGGAACUGAAGCUCAUGAUGGAGAAACUUGGGGCUCCCCAGACCCACCUAGGCCUGAAAAACAUGAUCAAGGAGGUGGACGAGGACCUGGACAGCAAGCUCAGCUUCCGGGAGUUCCUCCUGAUCUUCCGCAAGGCCGCGGCUGGGGAGCUGCAGGAAGACAGCGGACUGCACGUGCUGGCCCGCCUCUCUGAGAUCGACGUCUCCACGGAGGGCGUCAAGGGGGCCAAGAGCUUCUUUGAAGCCAAGGUACAGGCCAUCAACGUGUCCAGCCGCUUCGAGGAGGAGAUCAAGGCCGAGCAGGAAGAAAGGAAGAAACAGGCCGAGGAGAUGAAGCAGCGGAAAGCGGCCUUCAAGGAGCUGCAGUCCACCUUCAAGUAGUGUGGGCCAAGGCCAAGGACCCAGCCCUGCCCCACUGCACAGUCAGAGGGCACGGGCGGGCAUGAGCCACCCAGGGAGGUGAGCCUGAGUCCUGGGCCAUGCGACAGGACCACUACUAAAACCUAAAUAGUCUGUGAAGGGGGAUCUCUUCCAGGGGUCUCCUGAGUGGCCCAGCCACUCCCACUCACUCCUGCUGUUCCUGAGGUUGCGAUACCAGCCACCAGCACCCCCACAGGCCCUCCCUGCGUCUCUUGCUCCCUGACCACUCUGCUGCCCGCUCCAGCCUUCAGAAAAUCCCUGCCCUGUGUACCAGCUGCUCUCCCGCCCACCCGACCUUAACCACAGGCCGCCCUGCCUGACAAUCCCUUCCUAGACAGAAAGCCACUGAGACAGGGAGAGAGUAGGACCCAAGGGCCCGGGUAGUCCUGGGUGCCCCUCCCCAGCACGCCUUCUUCCAGGUCUGCCCCCUCUCUGCUGCAGGGGGCCGGGGGGCACUUGUGUUUUGGUGAAAGGACCCAGGCCCUGAUAAACCCAGGCUGAUGUAGAGAUGGGUCCCAGGCCAGACAGGGUGAAGGCCGCUGUGCGAAUCUACCUCACAGGCCGCACUCUGCUGGGCAUGCCAUGGGCGGGGAAGGUUCUGGGAUGAAGAAACACCACUCCCUAGAACCUUCCAGAACAAGCCGAAGGGUCCCCAAGAGGCUGUGGAGAGGGGUAGAGAGGAGGGAGGAAUGGACCUUCCCAGGGAGGAAGGAACCUGACAGUCUGCUUCAGCGUGUUUGCGUGCACCCAUAGUGGGGCCAGGCCCCCUUUCACACACUCUUUCCCCGGGGGCUACUCCCCCUUUGUCACCAGUGAUGGCACCCACCUGUCACGCUCACCCCCUAGAAAGCAUGGGGACCCCCAAGCUCGUGGCCACGGGCCAUAGUAAAGCCCAUGCCAGCGGCCAUUCUUCCAUAGCUCCUAUGUGCUUGCUCGUGUGUGUGUAUGUGUGUGCCCGUUGCUGUAUCGUGAAACUGUGACGUCACCCGGUCCCAACACGUGAGCUGGCCCUCCAGGCCACAGUUAUGCAACUUUCAGUGUCUGUCAUGACAGCAUCACUGCUUUGGAAACUCGAUAACUCUUUAUUUUAGUACGAUGCCCCAAGAGUCCCUGGAGCUUCCCGUGGGACUUGCAGAGGCUUUAUUUUUUCGGCCUUAGAACCUGCAGAGACGAGGAGGUGCCGAGCCGAGCGCAGCAGCCGUGGCCCUGGCUUGCGUUUGCCUUAGCAGAUAUGUUUAUACAGAUGAAUAUAAAUUUUCCUUUUGGCUUUUUGCAUUUUAUUAUUAUUUUUCUCCCUUCUCACCCCUCAAAAAAAGAAAAACUGCUACUUCUUCAUUUGGUGGUACGAUUAUUUUUUUUAACUAAAAUGAGAUAAAAUUCUAUAUUCCUA